AUCGCGUCGUCGGCGGCGCGAGCGACAAGAUUCGAGAUCCGCGAGAGCAACUGCUCCUCGUCGUUGGCCACCACUAUCUCCGUCAUUGCGUACGUUCCUUGGGGGACAGACGAUGUGAGGUUAUUCCGAACAUGCACACCUUCGAAUGCGACGACUAUCGAAACGCGAGUGCGCCGCUGAUAACCUAUAUGAUAUACAAUACGUCUCAUGCGAGAUCGACACUUUAUCUUCUACACUUUUUGCACUUUCUUUCGAGAAAUUCACGUGACGCGCUCAGUGGAAACUCGCCCUAAAUGCGCGCGCAUUCGACGAAAGUGUAGAAAGUGCAGCGCAGUACGUAGAAACUAACCUAUAGAUUCGUGUAUAUGGUUUAGCGAAUAAAAAAUCAAAUAAAUUCUCGAUGCUCAAAGUCUAAUAAUAACAAUUGUGAUUCGAACAACAAUCGUCAUUUUUUGAUAUCUCACGUUUUUAACUAGUGCCAUAAAAAAAAAUUCCAUUUAUUGGGACUCUCAAUUUUGUACGAUGCAUCUGUCAUUAUCGUCUUACAGGAGAGAAGUGUAAAAUGUUGCAGUGAUCGACUUAAUGGAUCAUGGCUGUCCUUAAACCAAGACAAAUCUACUUAUUGCAAACAGCUGAGCUGUUCAGAUAACGCAGAGCUUUGUCAAAUUAGGCAAAACGCAGAAAUAAUGUCCUUCAGAAUACGUUUAGCUCGUAGUAGGCCAAUAAGACUUCUGGGUAGUGUCGCCAUGAAGUGUUGGGCCUUUAGUGGAAUUUAUAUCCUUGUCUGCUUCCUUUUAUAUUGGUUAUAUGGUGGAAUUUUAGCUUUCUUCCUACUGUGCUUUGCUACAACUGGAAUACUCUACCACAGAGAAGAUCAACUUCUUUAUCAUCCAGAACUGCCAUCUCAUUCCAGAGUUUAUGUACCAGCUCCUUCAAUAUUUAAUUUACCAUAUCAAAGUGUGUAUACCAGAGCUGGAGAUGGUACAAUGCUACACAUGUUCUUUGUUUCUCAACCAGAGGACAGAAUGAGGAAAGCACCUACAGUAUUGUUUCUUCAUGGCAAUGCUGGCAACAUGGGCCAUCGGUUGCAAAACAUAGUGGGACUGUAUCAUAAUAUCCAGUGUAAUAUUCUAAUGUUAGAAUAUCGAGGAUAUGGCUUGUCACAGGGUUCUCCAUCAGAAGAGGGUCUCUAUAUGGAUGCUCGAGCAGGAAUAGACUAUUUGUCCAGUAGAACAGAUAUUAAUACUAAUGAAAUUAUAGUCUUUGGUAGAUCACUAGGCGGAGCGGUAGCAAUCGAUUUAGCCACAAAAGAAGAAAAUUCGCAGAGGAUUUGGUGCCUUAUACUCGAAAACACCUUCACUAGUAUUCCAGAUAUGGCCGCCUUAUUUGUUGGAUCCAAAUUUCUACAGUAUCUACCCCUCUUUGUAUACAAGAACAAGUAUUUAUCUAUUCUGAAAGUUCGUGCAGUCACAGUGCCCACUCUGUUCAUUUCUGGUCUAGCAGACACAUUGGUACCACCUCGCAUGAUGCAGGACCUCUACAAGAAUUGUCGAAGCACAUGCAAACGCAUACUUCCAGUCGUGGGUGGUACACAUAAUGAAACUUGGUGCCAGCCGCAUUACUAUCAAAAUAUUUGUAAUUUUCUGACUGAACUCAGGGAAAAUCCCCCUCCAAGAGUAACGUCUAGUCAUUGGCAAAUCGAUGAUAUCUAAUGACGACGCUGAUUAAACUGUGUGGUUCCUGUUACAAUAAGUGCUAUAAUAAAAAGAUAAAAAAGGAUUAGAGAUUAUGACAGCUAAUUUACAAGAGUAUAAGUUGUGCUAAAUUAUGGAAGUAAUAUCUUUUAUAUGUUUUCCCACAAUGACAGUCUUCAUGUUUUUAUAAAAAAAUUAAAAUUCAAUAAAAUGAGAUUCAACCAA